AACGACCAGCCAAACGAGCCAGCAUCUUCAGACCUGCCGAGAAGAUCCACUUGCGAGCACCAGCCAGCAUGCGUACGCUAACUCUGGUGUGCCUGUUGGCGGCAGUGACGCUGUGCCUUUGCCACGGAGACGACUGGGCUCACUCCAACGACUCGCCCAGCUCUGAAGCUUUCAUCUCCAGACGUGACAGUGCAGCAAUUGUGAAGAGACAGCCAGGGAGUCCUCAAGGGGCCGCUGCCGUUGCAGUUCCAGAUGUUGCCUCACCCCUUGAAAGUCAUCGAGAGAUCUGUGAGCUGAGCGUCGCCUGUGACGAACUGGCUGACCAGAUUGGCUUCGAAGAAGCUUACCGCCGAUUCUAUGGACCGGUGUAGACCAGCUGCAUCCAGCUCCAUGGGGAACUAGAAGAAGGGCCGGCUCCAGGAACCAGCAACCGAGCUGAUCUUCUAGGGGUUAUUCUGUCCAUUCUGCAUUUCUCAGAUCCAGCGCUGUCCAUGCUGUGGGUCGCCCCCAAAAGUCUUCUGCUUUUAACUGCCCUAGCCUUUGCUUCCUAACUGCUGCUGCAAUGUGUUUAAUAUUGAU